CUGCUAUCCUUAUACAUAACUCCGAAUCAUAUAAAGAACACCCCACUCGACGCAAUUGAUCCUACUGAUAGUCAACAUUACAUAAAUCUGAAAGAUAUAUACCUGGGAUUGGGUGUUGCUAAUCAAGUUUCUCUCCCAGAGCUACAUGCAAGUACCGAAGAAGUUACAGUGCUGAAACAGAAAUGCCUGAAUUUUAUCGUUAAAGCAUGCGUGGGUAUUCGGAAAAGAUACAGCUUGAAUGACCCAGUUUUGAGCUCAAUCGCAAAGUUGGAUCCGGGUUCUUGCUUAUCUGAUAAUAGACUACAGUCUUUGUCGUCACUGUUCCCAGUGCUGCCAAGGUUUAAACCCCAAACUUUAAAUGAUCAACAGACGUUAGAUGACGAAUGGAGAAACUUAAUGUUGACUGCAAAUGAACUACAUUUGAAUACAAAUCAACCAGCAGACGUGUUUUGGCAUCAGUAUCAAAAAUUGCAUUAA